UAUGAUGAGCUGACCUGCGAGGAGCACCUGAAGCUGUUUGCGACCAUAAAGGGCUGUCCGUCAGCCCGGGUGGCCAAUGAGAUUACGAAUGUUUUGGAUCAGUUGGGCCUGAGUUUUAAGCGCCGGGUGCUGUCCGCGGAUCUGUCCGGUGGUAUGAAAAGGCGACUGUCGUUGGGUAUGGCUAUGAUAAACAACACAAAGAUCCUAAUCCUGGACGAGCCCACCAGUGGCCUGGACCCCGAGGCGCGCCGGGGGGUCUGGGACUUCCUACUCUCCAUACGUAAGGAGCGGCUCAUUAUGCUGUCCACCCACUGGAUGGAGGAGGCGGACGUGUUAGGGGACCGGAUCGCCAUCAUGUCUCAGGGGAAAGUGAUCUGUUGCGGGACAUCCGUGUUCCUGAAGAGGGCCUACGCGGGCGGGUAUCACCUGAGGAUCGCCAAGUCGGACGAGUUCAAGACCGACACGUUUAAGCCGUUUAUACAGAAGUUUUUGCCUAAUGUUAGCCUCGAGAACGAGACGGCGAAUGAGAUUAGGUUUGGUAUCGAUUCCGAUGACACCCGAGCCCUA